AUGGAUCCGAACGGCUUCUACCCAAGCAGGCCGCAAGGCGACAUGGCUGGCUGGGAUACCACCUGGCUGGGGAAUUAUGGAAUGGCGUUUACCAACGGUGGAAUGGCGCCCAUGAAUCCGUCUCCGAUGACUUCGGCGCCAGUAGUGCCCUACCCGACCGCAUUCAACCUGGGCGCUGGUCCUGUCACAGGCUACCUCGCACCGCAACAGAUGGGCAUGAACCCGGGCCACGCGCCACACCACGGCCCGAACGGCCGCAAUAUCGCAGGAGACUGGAUGCCCACGCGGCCACGUUCGUCACGGUACGGCCAAGGGACUCCUCGUCCAAGCCCGCUCAAUCGUCCCGUUACCGUGACGCCGGCAUCAUCUCGUGCGCAGCAUGCGCAGACAAACCCGUCAGAGAGACAUGAAGACGGCACGGCCCUGAACGCCAACGGACAGCCCAUCGCGAAUCUGUUCGACCCAAGCAGCGUCGCAUGCCGCCGCGAGCCUGUUGCCGUAUACAACCACGAGAAGUCAUUGCUGCAACUCGAGAGUCCCGUUCCCGAGCACAUGGGACCACGCGUAUUUCCACGAUGCGACCGUGAGUCUCUCGUAGUUUGCUGCGGUGUCGCGGUUCCAGGAGGGCCACGAGCAGCUUGGAGCGUCUUCUGCGGUUGGGGCUCCAAGUACAACGAGAAGGGCGUGCUCGGCCCAGAAAGCGGUGUGACCCUGAGCGAGCAUGGGGUGCAGGCGUACGCCGCGUCCAAGGCCGUCAACAUCGUCAGGAAGUUGCACCAAGGGGACCGCACGCUGCGUCAUGUAUACAUUGUCUCGUCGUCGAAGUAUGUUGAAAGCUCCUUGACGGUCAACUCUUCUUGGUUCGAAAGCAGCAAGGAUGGUGGCAUGGACGCAGCUCAGGUCAUCCGCGAUACACUUGCUGGAAUCAAGGACUUUGAGCGAAGCCGGGCCAGCAGACGGAACAAGUCGAUCAAGUUGUGGUAUGUUCCAUUGGAGGAGAACAAGCAAGCGCAGGAGCUGGCCGCGCAGGCGCUCGAGGCAGAAGACGAGGUUGGAGAGGAAGGGUCUGACGAUACGUUUGACCAGUGGUCUGAUCAGGGGCCAGACGGUAUGGCAGAGGAGCCGUCGAGGCAGUCGAACCAGAAGUCGAGCCCAGGGUCAAGCGAGGGGACAGUCAAAGGGGCAGACCAGGGGAGGACCCGGGAGUCAAGCCAGGGGACGAUCCUUGAGUCGUCCCACCAGUCAUGUUCUGGGUUGUCGCCCGGCAUGUUUCCUGUGGCGAGUCUCGCGCUUGCUCCAGGUUCGCCCCUUGGGUCGACGCAUGGGGAAGCUCCUGGAUCAUCGCCUGGGACACCCAUGGAGUCGCCAGAGACAGUUGAGGCGACAGUUGAGCCAGCAGGACGGGCCCAAAUCACGGUGGCAGACGAGACGGAAACGCCGAUGCUGACCACGGUGCCCACAGCGUUUGAAGCAGGAAGAAUGGGCCUCCCCUUUGCGGAACCGGCAGAGGCAGACCCGGAGGGGGGACAGGUAGAAAUCAGCGAAGACACGCUGUACUCGCACAUGUCGCCCGAGGAAAGGCAGUGGAUGCGCGACUGGGCCGACCAAAUGGCGGAAGAAGCCAUGGCGGCCCAGGCUCGUGAGCCAGAGGCGCCGAGAACCGUGAGCCUCAGAGACCUUAGCUAUUCCACGCUCGAAUAG